AUGUAUUCUAGACCAUCAUCAAGCUCAAGUUCAAGCUCAUCUUCUUCAAAUACUGAAGAAUAUGACCAACUUGUUGAUGAACUCUUCACAUACCAACCCCCAUCUGUCCUCAUGCCCCAAACACAAUCCCAACACUCUUCAAAAAAACCUAGAGGGGGUACGAAUAGAAGAGAUAGGGAAAUUGGACAUGCCAGGUUGUUUAAUGAUUACUUUUCCGAUAAUCCCGUGUACAACACCACCCAAUUUAGAAGAAGAUUUCGUAUGCAACGACCUUUGUUUGUACGUAUAAUGAACAAGGUCGUUGAAGGUGAUGUGUACUUCCAGCAGCGUAGGGAUGCAGCUGGAAGGUUAGGUUUAUCACCUCUGCAAAAAUGUACAGCAGCGAUAAGAAUGUUAGGCUACGGCAUGGCUGCGGACGUCGUGGAUGAAUACGUUCGGAUCAGUGAGUCAACUGCUCGAGUUGCUCUUCAACGUUUUUGUACCGGGGUCAUUAAUCAGUUCGGAACCGAGUACAUGCGAAACCCUACAACUGCUGAAUUGGCCAGAAUUAUGCAUCAAAAUGAACUGCGUGGAUUUCCAGGCAUGAUAGGCAGCAUUGAUUGCAUGCAUUGGGAAUGGAAGAACUGUCCAACGGCAUGGAAAGCGCAGUACGCCGGUAGGAACAAGAAAGCAACGCUAAUACUGGAAGCCGUUGCAGAUCAGGAUUUAUGGAUAUGGCAUUCCUUCUUUGGGAUUCCUGGAUCUUGUAAUGACCUAAAUGUCUUAUACCGUUCCCCAGUGUUCGAUGAGGUUCUGCAUGGUCGAGCUCCUCCGGUAAAUUUUACCGUUAACGGCCAUGAAUACAACAUGGCAUAUUACUUAGCCGACGGUAUUUAUCCGAAGUGGGCAACUUUUGUUCAGGGUAUCACAACCCCUCAACUUCAAAAAGAUAAAUUGUUCGCUGACCACCAGGCUGCUGCUCGAAAAGACGUUGAAAGAGCAUUCGGUGUUUUGCAAGCUCGAUUUGCAAUAAUACGAAAACCGUCACUGGCGUACGAUGAGGACAUACUGCGAGAUAUAAUGAAAGCAUGUAUCAUUAUGCACAACGUGAUUGUUGAAGAUGAGCGCCACAACUACACUCGAGCCGAAGUUCUAAGAGCCUUCUACGAAGAAGAUCAACAAGAAUCAACACCAGCAUCAACAUCUACAACGCCACCGUUUGAAUUCAACGUAGGCCGACCUACCAACUUUGACUUCAACGCAUUUCUACAGCGAAAAGCUUCCCUCCGUGACAGAGAAAUUCAUCUAUCUCUGAAACGUGAUUUAGUCGAACAUAUUUGGCAACGAUACGGGCCCCAUAAUUAG